CAGUGACGCUAAAAGUGCAGGAAACCUGCGUGCGAGCAAAGCCGCGGGGGAGGCCCCGGCUGCCCGCGCCCCCGCCCUCUGCGGCGGAUUCCCUGAUUGGAUCUGCCUCGGUUCUGCCGACUCCAGCUCGCUCCCGGCCGGGGAAGCGGGACAAGAGAAACACUGGCUGCCGGGUCUUCGCCCAAGAUUUAAAACGGGCACGUUUUGGUUUUGGGACCAAUGACUCUAUUCUCUGGUAUGAUGAGGAAAGCCAACCUCCAUUUGGGAGUUGAAGGAGCUGAGCUUGGACUUGGCCCCCAGCAGCUCAAGGCAGAGUAGUCUGACAAGAGACCUUUUAACAAGAAUCGCCCCCCUUCGGACUCUUACUCUAAAAGGAAAAGGUUAUCCGAGAAUUUGCCACUCAGUCAAAACUUAUUCUCGCAUACAAGUAACUGUUGCGUGUUCUUGAACAAAUGGAUCAUUAAUCUAACGAAUUCCACCUCUUAAUGAAAAGUGUAUAGAGAUCUGUUAUUUCAUAUGGAAUUAAUAUAUGUUGCUAAUCUACGAUUUAAAAAGUGCUUUGCAGUCAACCGCCUCCUAGCCGGGGCCGAGUCCCCCUGGGUGAAAAUGUUUUCUUCCCUGCCGGAUCACUAAAUGGGGGAAAUUUUAACACGCUUGGAAGGUGUAUGUGUGGAAGAGAGAAAAAGUCGCAAGUCCCUGGAUGGUUUGCUCUUUGUGCCGGGGACUGGAGAGGCGCUCGACCAGCCCUGGGUGGGCAGUUCGUGGCUCCGGGAGCGGGGUGUUGCACAGCGUCCCAGCCUCGGCUCCGCCCCUGCCCGGCCCGGCCGCCAGGCGCCCUGCGCGGCGCCUCCUCGCCCAAGGUAGCUCUCGGAGUCUCCUCUACCCACUUUGGACCAGGAGAAAGUCGGCAGGAGGGGAAGGGAAGACACACUCGCUCACACCGGGUAGCUCCACGACGUCAGGUUGGAAUGCACGCUUGGGCCCGGGAGGCGCGGCUGGAGCACACACCCCGGCCCCAGAUACGCUACCCUGGCCGGGAUCGCGCGCAGUCCAGCGCCGGGAAGCUGGUGAGGCCCUUCCAGGCGCGGGGCGCGGGCUACUCGCCGCCCGAACGUGCAGCGGGGAAGGAGCGCGCGUUCCUUCCCCGGGGCGCCUUUGUUCGCUCCGGCCGGCCGGCACGGGCGCUUGAAGCCGGAACUCCCGGCCGAGCCGCCGCCUAGGUGCGGCAGGUAGUCCCGGGGGCCCGGAGCCUGGAGGGUCGGUUUUCUGGGGUCUGGCGGGUUCCCCCUCCUUGGGGAGUAGGGGGCUGAGCUCUGGCGAGACGGCCGCGGUGUCGCGAAGUGGAGUCCCGCCUGAGCGCGGGAGGAGGAGGCGAAUGCCGCUUCCCCGGGCCUCGGUUUCCGGCUGGGGACCCCCAACCCUACUGCUAUCCCCAUAGUUUCAGGGUGAGAUUCGGUUAACAGCCUGAACCGCGUUGGAAAUGAGGAAACCGCCAGACGGGAGAAGCUUUCCGCGAUUUACUAGCUGGGGAAAUGGAGACAAGGAAAUGGGCACGCAGACAGGGGAGAACUGGGAAACGAAGAUCUUCCUAGAGGCGAGGUUUCAUCUAACAUUCACAAAAACGAAGUACAUGGAAGAGCUACAUGGAUGCCAAGGUGGAAAAACUUUGAUGUGCCAGUGGCCUUGUUUUACAGUGUGUUCCAUUCUUUUGCACUCACAGAAAAAAACGGUAUUAAGAGGAAGUAUGUUGUGAAAUUAGAAGCCCCUUUUAAAAUUUGUAAUGGUCAAUAUGUAUUAAGAUGGACAUCUGUUUUGAACAAUACAAAGUGCUCUGGUUUCAAAGAAGCAAGCACCUGUUUAAAACUGAUCCUAAAUAAAAACAGACCUGAAUGGACAUCAGAAUGUUUGUUAGUGGCAGAAGAGUCAAAAAAUGGCAGUUUGUUCAGUUAUUUGCCACUUGUUUUAUACUAAGCCUUACGUUUUUUUGGGGACUGAAUGAUAAUCCAAUAGUGAACCAUAUGAAGUCCUACUCUUACAGAUACCUCAUAAAUAGCUAUGACUUUGUGAAUGAUAGCCUGACUCUUAAGCACAGCCCAGAGGGGGCUACCAGCUACCAGUACUUGAUUAACCACAAAGAAAAGUGUCAAGCCCAAGAUGUCCUGCUUUUACUGUUUGUAAAGAGUGCUCCUGAAAACUACGGCCGCCGUUCUGCAAUUAGAAAAACAUGGGGCAAUGAUAAGUAUGUUCGAUCUCAACUUAAUGCCAACAUCAAAACUCUGUUUGCCUUAGGAACUCCUUCUAAUCCACUGAAGAGAGAAGAAAUGCAAAGAAAACUGGAACUGGAAAACCAAAUGUACAACGAUAUAAUUCAGCAAGACUUUGUUGAUUCUUUCUACAAUCUUACUCUUAAAUUACUUCUGCAGUUUAGGUGGGCAAAUACAUUUUGUCCACAUGCCAGAUUCCUUAUGACUGCAGACGAUGAUAUAUUUAUUCACAUGCCAAAUCUUAUUGAAUACCUUCAAAGUUUAAAACAAAUUGGUGUUCAAGAUUUUUGGAUUGGCCAUGUUCACCGUGGUUCUCCUCCCAUCAGAGACAAAAGCAGCAAAUACUACGUCUCCUAUGACAUGUACCAGUGGCCAGCUUACCCUGACUAUACCGCUGGAGCUGCCUAUGUGAUCUCCAGUGAUGUAGCCGCCAAAGUCUACGAGGCAUCACAGACACUUAACUCUAGUCUUUACAUAGACGAUGUGUUCAUGGGCCUCUGUGCCAAUAAAAUGGGGAUAGUACCACAAUCCCAUGUGUUUUUUUCUGGGGAAGGUAAAACUCCUUAUCAUCCUUGCAUCUAUGAAAAAAUGAUGACGUCUCAUGGACACGUACAAGACCUUCAGGACCUUUGGCAGGAUGCCACGGAUGCUAAAGUAAAAACAAUUUCAAAAGGUUUUUUUGGUCAAAUUUACUGUAGGUUAAUUAAGAUAGUUCUCCUUUGCAGAGUGUUCUAUGUCAACACUUAUCCUUGUUCGGCUGCGUUUGCCUAACAGUACUUGAAUGUUAUCUGUUUUCACUGUCACUGAGCCAAACCUGGAAGAAAAACCUUUAAAUGUUUAUCUAUACCCUAAGGAAAAUGAAUAAGAAAGACAAAGAAAUAUUUUGAAAGCCCAGUCUAUCAGAAUGUUUCUUUUUUUUUCUAGAAGCUAUUCAAUAUAACUUAUCUAUUUCAUUGCCUAAAUUCAUUUCAAGAACUUGAUAUUUAGGAAAGGCUUAUAUUAUUAAUGAAAAUAAGAAUAAAGGGAAAUUCAAGUUCUUACUUAACGUUACAUGCAUAUUCAGGGUGUAGAGAGAUCAUUAAGAUGUGUUUGAAUAAUUGCUUUUGGAAAAUACCAGGUGAAUGUAUAGUACAACAUUUCAAAGAAAUGAAUAUACUGUUGGACCAGGUAUACAAGUUUAUUUUUAUUAAAGAGCACUUGGUGGAGGUGUUGGGGUAUGUGGAGUUGAUACAGGACAAAGUAUAUGAAUCUGAUAAAAGAAAGUCUCUUGUUCUUUAAGAGGAGGUUUUGAAAAAUGUACGUAAUUUCACGUUUUUUUUCAAAGCUUAAUGUGAAAUGUGAGAAAAGUCAUUAGUUCUGCCCUAACUGGUGCUUUGUAUGGCUCUUUUUGAAUAUUAGAAAAUGACACAAAACAUGGGCAGUUUGUUACCUGUCUGAUCCUUCCCUAGGGAGAAAUUGUUAUUUCAAAUAAGCUGAUUUUAAUUUAAUUAAUUUUCAACUGAUUUUUGAAUAUUCAAUAUUGGUUUGUAUAUAGGAUAGUUAUUUGAAUGUGGUUUGCAUAGAAGAAUAUAAUAAUGGAGAAGGCUUCAAAAGGAAAGACAGAACAUUAAAAGCCUCUUUUCUUUAAAAUUUAUGAAAAUAUAAUUCUUAGUGCCAAAUCAUUGUCAUGAUUACUAAAACCAGUCCACCCCUUCCCAACAAGGCCUCGUAAAUCAUAGUACUUUGUUCUAAGCUUACAUUUUACAUUGAAAGGAUCAAGUAUCAAGUCAAAGUUACAGUACCUUUAAAAAAACAUCUAUUCUAUCAUUAAAAUAACUGUCAGAGGUGGUUUUCAUCUUUUAAAUAUUUCAAAUUUGAAAGAAGAGAAAAGUUGCCAGAAUGAGGUCUGAUGCAUUCAGAAAAGCUACAUGUUCCCCAUGUUCAAAGAGACGUGGCUUUGAGAUCUCAUAAGGUAAAUUACAUUUAUUUUACAAAGCAAGAUAAAAAUGUGGCCAUGAUGCAAACAACCUCCUCUUACUGCAGAAAGAGCUAGGUGAUACCUAUUAUAGGAUUCUAUAAAGACCAAAACAGUUUCUCCAGCAAAAGUGGUUAAACUGAUUAUAAAAACCUUUGACUGCAUAGAAGCCUGUUAAGCAAAACUAAGACAUCUCAUUUCAUAAAAUGAUAUCUGAAACAUGUAAAACAAGACUCCUCAGUAAUAUAUAUAUAUAUAGCUGGAUGAUGGUAUUUAUAAUUUAGGGGUAGCUUUUUAAUGUUUACAGGUUAAUCUUUUUCUAUUUUGAAAAUUGAGGCUUGUUUACAUUUGCUCAGAUAAUUUAGUUUUGGUUAACCAAUGUCAAAAUUUACAGUAUCAAACAUUCUAGUUUGUAAUUACUUUCAGAGCAGGUUCAGGGUCUUUAGAUCAUUACAGUCUGAACUUUCUGAUCCAUUUAAACAUUUGUAGAGAAAAAAGGAUAUCUGAAAAAGCAGGUUUAUAAUUAAUUUUGAUUAGUUGAUUUUUUAAUAACCAUUUGCUUUUUGGCCUUAUAUACCCUGUGUAUCCCUACUAGAAACUUUAAAUUUGCCAUUGGUUGAAAAUGAUCUUGUUUACAGCAGUACUUUUGUGAAACAAUUAUUUAUUGCUGAAAGAGCUCUCCUGAACUGUGCUCAUUUUUUAGUUUUGCUUAGAACCAGAACAGAACAGGUUUUAAUUUGAAGUAAAUAUGAGGUCACUCUUUAUUUUUUUUUAAGUUGCUAGAUGCUUCCUUAUUCAGACUUAAAGACUGAGAAGAGUAUUUGUAAAUAAAAGGGUUCCAGCCUUUUAAAAAGGAAGAAAAAAAACAUUUUGGUGGUCCAAUGCAGGGCUACCUUUUGAAAACUGUUAACAAAGGGAAAAUAAACUAUCAGCCUGCAUGGUCACUUGAAUAGGAGAUGAUUGUACACAGUGUUAUUGCCCGAAACUUUUUACCUCUUGGUUGGUUUGCAUCUCUUUCUCAUAUUACUAAUUUUAUACAAAAAAUGUUAAAUAUUUAUAUUAUUUGAAUUUUGUUCUUGUAUGGCAAAUAAUUAGUGGGUUUUUAAAAAUACGUUUUUGGUUUCCAAUAAACAGCUUAAAAAUUG